CAAACCACUACAACACACUUGUUCUCCAGAAAAAAGUGUUUGCAUUAAACCCUUUUGCAGCCAUAAUCUCUAUUAAUCCAUUAUCCAUCCUUCAAUGAAUCUCUUUCCUAUGAUCACAACAACAAUCUUCACUUUGAUUAUGUUAUGUAGCAUGUCAGUGGUGGUUCAUGUUCAGGGAAAGCAACCUUACGUUGGUUUGGCCACAACAGCAUGUGGCCAAACGGGAAAUUCAAACUCUAUGCGUGGCUACACUUGCAAUGGCGUGAAUCCUAGUUGCCAAGCUUACCUCACCUUCAGGGCUCAACCCCUUUACAACACUGUUCCCUCAAUAUCUGCUUUGUUGGGUUCAGACUCAUCUCAACUUUCUGUGGCAAAUUCUGUUUCUGAGGAUGGAACCUUUGAAACAAACAAGUUAGUGAUUGUUCCAAUCAAUUGCUCUUGUUCAGGUAACAACAACAACCAGUAUUAUCAGUUCAACACAUCCUACGAGGUUGAAAGAGGGGACUCGUAUUUUGUGAUCGCUAACAACACUUUUGAAGGCCUUUCAACAUGUCAAGCAUUGCAGGACCAAAACAACAUUCCCGAAGGAGACUUAAUGCCGGGAAAUGAACUCAUUGUUCCUCUUCGAUGCGCUUGUCCCUCGAAGAAUCAAACUGAGCAAGGUGUCAAGUACUUGUUGAGUUACCUUGUGGCUUCUAAUGACAUUGUUUGGCUCAUUGGUGAAAGAUUUGGUGUCAGCAGUGAGACAAUUGUUGAAGCUAAUACUCUUUCUUCUCAACAACCAAUAAUUCAUCCUUUUACCACACUUCUUGUACCUCUUCAAGACGAGCCCUCGAGUAAUCAAACUUCUGAGCCAUCUCCACCACCAUCAACACCUCCACCUCCGCCUCUAUCUUCUUCUAGUGGAAGAUCAAGCAAAACAUGGGUGUAUGCAGUGGUAGGAGUUGUUGGAGCUAUUGCAUUAAUAUCAUCAGUCCUUUGUGCCAUCGUUUUCAGGACGCGUUAUCUCAAGGGUGGUAAUAAAAGGAAAGAUGAUUCUUUGAUUGUGUCUGAUAGUUUUGUGGCUGUGGCUAUUGAGAAACCACAAGAGAAGAAGUUGGAAGAAGAAGAAUCUGAAAAUUUGGCAGAGAUCAUAUCUGGCAUAAGUGAAUCAUUUAAGGUGUACAGAUAUGAGGAACUGCAAAGUGCAACGAAUGGUUUUAGUCCUAGCUGCUGCAUCAAAGGGUCGGUUUAUCGCGGUUUCAUCAAUGGGGAUUUGGCUGCAAUAAAAAAGAUAGAUGGUGAUGUGUCAAAGGAGAUAGAGCUUUUGAGCAAAGUGAACCAUUCAAAUGUUAUACGUCUUUCUGGGGUUUGUUUUAACGGGGGCUAUUGGUAUCUUGUUUAUGAGUAUGCUGCUAACGGAUACUUGAGUGAUUGGAUCAACAUCAAGGGAAAGUUUCUGAGUUGGACACAAAGAAUUCAAAUUGCAUUGGAUGUUGCUACAGGACUUGACUAUCUUCAUAGUUUCACUUCUCCUCCUCAUGUACACAAGGAUCUGAAGAGUGGUAACAUUCUUCUGGAUAGUGAUUUCAGGGCAAAGAUUUCAAACUUUAGGCUUGCAAGGUCAGUGGAAAGAGAGGGUAGUGAGGGUGAUCAAUAUGUGAUGACAAGGCAUAUUGUUGGGACAAGAGGAUACAUGGCUCCAGAGUAUUUGGAAAAUGGUCUUGUGUCUACAAAGCUUGAUGUCUACGCAUUUGGGGUUUUAAUGUUGGAAAUGCUCACUGGAAAAGAUGUUGCUGAUGUUUAUGCAGAAGGAAAUAUUGCGAAUUUGUUUGAUGUUUUAAGCGCGGUGCUUGACGAGGAAGGUGAACAUUUGAGAUUGAGUGAGUUCAUGGAUCCCUCUUUGAAAGGAAAUUAUCCAAUGGAACUUGCUGUGUUUGUGGCUAGAAUGAUAGAAACUUGCAUAAAGAAAGAUCCAGCAAGUCGACCUGACAUGCACGAGAUUGUGUCAUCUUUGUCCAAAGCCUUGGAUUCUUCAUUGAGAUGGGAAACGUCUAUGGAAAGGAAGUUUUGAUUCUACAAAGGGUUCCUCAAUUAGUCAAUAAGCUGUUUUGUUAAUCACUUCCCUAUAUUUUCUCUCUUCUGUUUGUAAAUGUUGCUGUGUAUUGUAGGAUAGAAAGAUGGAUGAAUAAUAAUUUAUUUGAUCUUUAAUUUUU